UGGUACUGCAGCACAAGUCACUUCCUGUGAUAAUGCAUGUGGCACUGCAGCACAAGUCACUUCCUGUGAUAAUGCAAGUGGCACUGCAGCACAAGCCACUUCCUGUGAAAAUGCAUGUGGCACUGCAGCACAAGUCACUUCCUGUGAAAAUGCAUGUGGCACUGCAGCACAAGUCACUUCCUGUGAUAAUUCAUGUGGCACUGCAGCACAAGUCACUUCCUGUGAUAAUACAUGUGGCACUGCAGCACAAGUCACUUCCUGUGAUAAUGCAAGUGGCACUGCAGCACAAGUCACUUCCUUGGACAUGUCCUUGACAUUUGUUGCUGUGUUUUCUGAAAGUGGUUCAGGUGUUUUAUUUGUGAUUGCCUCUGAACAUGUAUGCACAACGCCAAGCUCAUUCACAGAUGUUAGUAGUUCUAACAUAUCUAUAACUGGCUCUGCUGACCUAAAUAAUUUACUGCUGGCUGCAACCUUAGGGGACUGCGUUGAUGACAUUUCAUGGCUGGCGAGCACCACAAGUUGA